GAAGCGGUUGCCUGUCAGGCAGCUGCAAGUGCUGCGAAAAUUUUCAAUGCUGCAAUCCGCCAACGCCAUUCCUAUAAAACAUCAACGCCACGUCCUCCAACCUCGACCUGAGGCCCUACUUUCUCUACAACUAAACAAUCAUCUUCAUAUACAAACACCCGCACCAACAAGCUUUGAUCAAAUCGCCUCUCAGAAUCUCCAACAAGAAACAGCGUCCAAAAGUCUACAUCUCCAACACAGACCCCCAAAAUGCCUUACAGCACCGCCAGUGCCGACCAGGCCUCCAUCAGCUCGUACAAGCCACUGCUUAGCUCGUCCACGACAGAGCCCAAGCGCCGCAGCUUCUUCAGCCGCAGCAAGGCGACGACAUCGUCUCACCGCGCAUCAUCAUCCGCGGCCCAGCAGCAGCAGGGCGACGCCCUCGACAUGCUCUACAAGAAAUACCCCAUGAUGGGCGUCAGCGGCGGCCGGCGAUAAACUGAGAAGCUGCACGUCCUAAUUACAAGGAAAGGCUGUGCGGUUUCUAGGUAGUUGUCUCAUGUUGCUCACAUGUUAUAUUUCUUUCGGCAUUGCAUUGCAUCGCGGGGCGGGUUUCAACGGCAUUAGAUACCUCCACACAUUAUGAGAAUGAGUAGAUUAUUACAGCGGAAGGCGUUUAGGGGAGGGAUGGGAGUGUAGACGUUCUUGUGUUCUCUUGCUAUUUAUUGAUCUUUUCUUUCCUUAUUUGCGAUUUCUAUAUUUUCCUUUUCCUUGCUCUCGUCUUGAGCUUCUGAAGUAACUUACUAGACCACUUGCUACAGCAGAAUCAGAUUGCCUGCACGCAAAAUUGAAGAUGGAGAUUAUCUCGUAUUUAUUCACUUGUCCAACGCUUUCACAAUGAUCACGUACAAGUUCAAUUGAGAAUACAGAGUAGAAUGUAACGGAU